GAGAGCUGGAUUGAAAGUGGAGCAGCCGGGUCUCAAACUGGCACCCAUUUGGGAUGCCGGCACUGUAGGCAGUGGCCUUACCUGCUAUGCCACAGUGCCGGCCCCAGAGUCUAAGCAUGUUUAAUGUUAUAAGUGUUCCACAGUAGGAUUUUAAGUCACUAAGUGGUGGCAAUAUAUCAGGUAUUUAUUGAUUGGGAAAGAUCGGCUUUUUCUGGUUCUGUCUCAUGCAUUGGUUUUAGCUUGGAGUUUAGGGUCUUUGUUUACAAUAGCUACAUUUGUACUUUAACAAGAGAUCCUGAAAUUUUACCUAUGGUGAUGCAUCAGACCUGUAUGUAAAGGAUUUGUGUCAUGUGGAUGUAAGGCUGUGCUCCCCCAGUAGUCACCAGCUGAUUGGUCUGUCCAGUAGGUACCAUGUUUUGGAGACCUUUCUCUAUCCCUCUGUUUGUUCCAUGACUGAGUACUCUGGCCAGAACUACUUGGUUUGAUCCCUUUCACACCACCCUUUUUUAGCCAAUCAGUUUUGUCCUAAGGUUUUAUUUUGCAAAUAGAAACUAAGAUUGAGAGAUUGUUUGUUUGCUAAGUCUGCUUAAUGCCUUUUGUUUUGUUUUGGCAGAGCAUGUAUUUCACAGGCCAGUUUGUUUUCCUGAGCAACUCUAAUUUCUUUGCAUAAGAAGUGUGUUUGCUGACUUGGUGUUGUGUUUGGUAAAAUAGUUACGCUUGUCCAGUAUAGCUUAUUUUUGGAGAAAAAGAGAAAUAUUACAAAUGGAAGUGGCUUUGUUGUUUCUAGUACUACUUGGUUUUGGACAAAGAAUGAGUACUAGAAUUUUUUUUCUCAGUUGAAAUUAUAUCAGUGACAGAACCACAUUAAUCUAUUGAAAAGGUAAUUGAACAGAAAGUACUAUUAUCUUACAGUAAAGUGGUAUAGAGAUAAGAAAAAACAGAGCUCUUAAGAUUCCUCAGACAACAUUUUGUAACUGCUGCUGUUGCUUUAUAUGUAUGCCAUAAAAAGACGUUUAUAAAAUAAAUAAAGGGAAUGUUGCACAGUUUAAGAAAAAAGAAAAAAACAGUACAUUACUGGUUUUGGUGUUUCUUUGCUCAAGAAGUACUGGGCAAUGACACAAAUUGUUCACAGGUAAGGGCAAUCCAGACAUCAUUUAUAUUUUGUUUGAACUUACUAAAUAGGCAUUCUCUGCGUACUCUCCAAGAGGCAGUUUUAGAAAGACAGUGGGGACAAAGGGAAUAAAUCAGGUUAAAGUCUAUCAAUCAUAUUAGCUUAAUGAAGAGUCAACAGGAAAUAGAUUUUGCUCUUAAGUAAAAAACAGAAUAUCCAAAUACCCCCAAAGAACUUACAAUUAAGAACUUAAUGAUGUCAGUUUGUUGCCAAAAAAUUAUUCUGUCAUAGUUCUAUGACUUCACAGAAUUAAAUUGUGAAACCCAAUCAUGAAAGAAAGAUUCUUUCAGUGUAUGGUUCUGAUAAGUGGCAAGAGAAGUUAUGAAAGAUUCAUGAAAGUGGCUGCAAUAGCCAAGGUUCUGCCAGGCUGAAGCCAAGAACCUAGAGCUGCUUCUGGAUCUCCCACAUCCAGUCCCUUUGUGGAACUUCUGAACACCUUUUAUUAGUGAAGGCAUUUUCUACACAAUGAAGCUAACAACUUAAUUUAAACAAGUGUUUAUGUGGUUCUGCUUCAUCUGCUAUGGUUCACGGCGCUUGAGAUCUCAGGAGUACCGGAUCUUUUGCAAUGACAAUAUGACUAAUAGUAAAGGAAGAUCUCUUACUAAUAAAACAAAUGGUGGUUUAGGUAGUGGAGGAGGCUGUGUAGACUGGACUUUAAAUUUAAACACAAUUCAGUCUGAUAAGUUUUUAAACUUACUGUUGAGUAUGGUUCCAGUAAUUUACCAGAAAAAUCAAGAAGAGAGGCACAAAAAAGCAAAUGGCAUUUGGCAAGAUGGACUAUCAGUGGCAACACAGACUUUUAGCAAUAGAUCUGAGCAACACAUGGAAUACCACGGUUUCUCAGAACAGUCUUUUCACGGUAAUAAUGGACAUAUACCAUCAGGUUGUAGCCAAAAGUAUGAUGACUAUGCCAACUAUAAUUACUGUGAUGGGAGAGAGACUUCAGAAACUACUGCCAUGUUACAAGAUGAGGAUAUAUCUAGUGACGGGGAUGAGGAUGUCAUUGUGGAAGCAAGCCCAAAAUUACCGAGAGAGUCCAGUGGCAUCAUGGCAUUGCAGAUACUUGUGCCGUUUUUGCUGGCUGGCUUUGGAACAGUUUCAGCUGGCAUGGUUUUGGAUAUAGUACAGCACUGGGAGGUGUUCAAAAAAGUUACAGAAGUUUUCAUUUUAGUUCCUGCGCUCCUUGGUCUCAAAGGGAACUUGGAAAUGACAUUGGCAUCCAGAUUAUCCACUGCAGUAAAUAUUGGGAAGAUGGAUUCACCCAUUGAAAAGUGGAAUCUAAUAAUUGGCAACUUGGCUUUAAAGCAGGUGCAGGCAACAGUCGUUGGUUUUCUAGCAGCUGUGGCCGCAAUUAUACUGGGCUGGAUUCCAGAAGGAAAAUACUACCUUGAUCAUUCCAUACUUCUGUGCUCCAGCAGCGUGGCAACUGCCUUCAUCGCAUCUCUCCUGCAGGGAAUAAUAAUGGUUGGGGUUAUCGUUGGUUCAAAGAAGACUGGUAUCAAUCCUGAUAAUGUUGCUACACCCAUUGCAGCUAGUUUUGGUGACCUUAUAACUCUGGCCAUAUUAGCUUGGAUAAGUCAAGGCUUGUAUUCCUGUCUUGAGAAUUAUUACUACAUUUCUCCACUAGUUGGUGUGAUUUUCUUAGCUCUAACUCCUAUAUGGAUUAUAGUAGCUGCCAAACACCCAGCCACAAGGACAGUUCUGCACUCGGGCUGGGAACCCGUCAUAACUGCCAUGGUUAUAAGCAGCAUUGGAGGCCUUAUUCUGGAUACAACUGUAUCUGACCCAAACUUGGUUGGCAUUGUUGUUUACACGCCUGUCAUUAAUGGUAUUGGUGGCAAUUUGGUGGCCAUUCAAGCUAGCAGGAUUUCAACCUACCUCCAUUUACAUAGCAUCCCAGGAGAACUGCCUGAUGAACCCAAAGGCUGUUACUACCCAUUUAGAACAUUUUUUGGUCCAGGAGUAAAUAAUAAGUCUGCCCAAGUUCUGCUGCUUUUAGUGAUUCCUGGACAUUUAAUAUUCCUCUACACUAUUCAUUUGAUGAAAAGUGGUCAUACGUCUUUAACUGUAAUCUUCAUAGUUGUAUACUUAUUUGCUGCUGUUUUACAGGUAUUUACCUUGCUGUGGAUUGCUGACUGGAUGGUCCACCACUUCUGGAGGAAAGGAAAGGACCCGGAUAGUUUCUCUAUCCCUUACCUAACGGCGUUGGGUGAUCUGCUUGGGACAGCUCUGUUGGCCUUAAGUUUUCAUUUUCUUUGGCUCAUUGGAGAUCGAGAUGGAGAUGUUGGAGACUAAUCAAUCCUACAAACUGCUUCCAAAUUACCAAGGAGGAAGACACAAGACAACCACUUCUGGCUCUCUUUCAAAACUCUUAAAUCAGUAAUUUGAUUUUUGCCAGGGUAAUCUUCAGUUGGCCCUGAGAUUCAAUUAAAUGGCCUUAACUUUUUUUUUAAGGAAUUUGUGUUGAAACCACAAUGAAUAUUAUUUGUGCUGCUUUUUGUAGAAUAAAUUAUCAUUUGACAUAGACAUAGAUACAUGUUCCAACUUUGAAAUUAAUUAAAUAUGAAAAAAUUUGAAUGUUUGACAAUGAAUAAUUUUAAAACCACAGAUACAGCAGAAAUGUACUUUCUUAUUGUCCAACUGGUAACGCAAGGUUAGAGGAAACUGUGCUCUAGCUCUUAGUGUAGCUGUUUCGUCUCACAGGUGUGUUACACUGUAAAGCAGACUGUCACAUGAAAGGUGCCAGCCAAGGUUUUAGUAUUUUUAAGUACGCUUACCUCUGUGCUCACCGAGGAUAAAUUCACCAACUACUUGUUCCUAAACUGACCAAAAUAAUUCUGCUGAGCACAAGGUAAACUCAUUUUACCUGCGUCUAAAAUUACCCUGUGCUAACGCUAACUCAAUUUCAACUCUGCCAACUUCUUGGCAGGCUGCCCUUUAAACAUAGAAUGAUCUUGAGAGAUCAUUAAUGAAAGCAGUAAGCCAUUUUAAAUUAUUGAUUUGUUGAAUAAAAAGUUGGUAUUUUUCAAACAACCUGAUAGUCAAAAGCAGAAGAUACCCUAAGCUGCAUUUGUAGAAAUAAAUGAUAUGAGAAAUUUUGUGUGUGUGAGAGAGAGGCCUUUGCUAAAAAAUGAAAUCUUGGAUAGUAAAGAUGGUAGCGCUGCUGGAACAUCAGCAUUAUAGGGUGAUUCUUAAACAGGUUUUAUUUGUAUGCUUUCAUCAUUUGGUCCAAAACUGUUGCUGCCAACCAGAAUUUAGUAUUUGUUACCUAUGUUGUAAUUAACAGUUCCUUCUUAUUUACAAAAACUGUUUAAUCAAGUUUUAAGAUUGAGAAUGACUAAGUGAUUUGUUUGUACUUUUAAGGAAGCCUGUCAUUUACCCUUUUAAAAGAGAAGUUGGUGAGUUCCCUCGCUUAUUGUUCAUGGCUACACUUAUCAUCUGUUUGCAUAUGGGACACUAGCAUAUACACUGUUCCACUUCUCAGUUAUUUUUCUAAAAUUUGGCCCAAUAUGCUAAAUAACCAACACUUUGGUUAUUCAGUAGAUAAGCAUUUUCAUAUCACAUAUAGUUCAUUUCUUAAAAUGCGGUACAAUCUCUAAAAACCAUUAGAUAUUUAAUAAUUUAAAACUGAAAAGGGAAGAAUAAAACAUGCACAUUAACUUUGAUCAUGGUUUCAGUUGUGUUAGUGUUAUAUAAACAGUAGGUUGUUCAUAAAUAUAUUGGAAGUAUUCUUUCUAAGCUCUUCAAAGGGGCUGUAGUUUAGAGUUAUAUAUUUUUGCUUAUUUUUUUAACUUUAAUUAUUCCAUCAUUCUGCCUGAUAAUUAAGCUUUAAGGCAGAGAACUGAACUAAUUCUACAAUUUCUCCUUUGGAGAGUUAAAUGUCACAUAGUGAACAUUCUUAUAAAAGAAAGAAUGGUUACAUUUAAGUUGAUGAAUACUUAGCUGCAAAGAUUUUUUUAAUUUUUUAUGAAAUCCAUGAGUGAGGUCUUUGAUUUUAUUGUAAACCACUUAUUUAUAUUUGGUCUGUGUGAUUUACAAUCAUUUACAUUUCCCAAUGAUUUCUGUUUUAACACCAAAAAAAAAAAAAAGCAGAGCAAGUUACAUCAUUAAAGCAUUAACCAACCAACAACUGGUAAAGUGCAUAUUCUGAAGCACAUUCGGACACAUUAUGUCACUGGUAUUCCUGUCUAUUUCACAGCACAGAAAACUGAAACUCGGAGUCGUUACUUUUGUAAUAUGUAUAGCUGCAAAGUGACUGUGUUGUGAAGUCCCUAAAGUCCAGUCUUCUGGGCCAGGCUUCUUGUUAUAUACAUCUGUGAUCCUCUAAGUACACAGAGAGAAACCAAUUGGAGAAGAAGAGUUUUCUAAAAAUCAAAGAGUAUCACUAUAUCUUUCAGAUUUCAGAUUGAGAAACUUCUGUUUAUCUUCACAGUAAGGAUAGCCAACUCUAAAUUAUUUGUACUCUAAGAUCAAGGAAAACAAGAAUAUUUUAUAAAAUAGUUUUCAUUUUUUACACAUUAAAUCUUUGGAAUAAAGAAUCAUGCCUUGUUUCAUAGAACAUAUCAUUGUCACCGUUCUUUUCAGAUCUUGCCAUUUGCUAUAAGUGAUAACAAAACUAGUAUUACAGUCCAAGUGUUGGCCUUUGUCUUUUGCUGUUCAACCUUGGUUAGAGCAACAAAAAGUCUGAAAGGUGUGUAAGGACAAAAGGGAAAAUUAGUGACUGAUUAGCUGAAUUAACUAUGAAAGGGAUGUAGAUUCCUUUUUAAAAAGUAUUACCUUUUGAAAGCCUUCCCAUAUGCGUGUAACCAAUAAGGUGACUUCUUUUUAUUUGCCCACAAAAAUAAUUUAUUAUCAGUCUUAUAUGUAAAUCUACAGUAUUUAUUUUUAUACACCAUAGAAACUCUUGUUUUCUGGACUUCUUCACUAAUUUAUGAGACACUUCAUUUACAUAUAGAUAACCUUUUCAGGACAUUUUUCACUGUUGCCCACCAGCCAUUUUUUCUUUGGGAAAUAAAGUUUCUUAGGGCCUGAUAAAAUGAAAAAUUAAAGUAAUGAUGCUUCUGGGAGACAUCAAAAAGUUCCACACCAUAGACUGUCAAUGGCAUAGCCAAAUAAAUGAAAUAGAGGUUUAAAAGUCUUUCAGUAAUUGGGCUUUCUCGCCUUACCAUGUAUCUGUUGUAUAGAACACCCAUUUAAAGUGGGUGUCUACCACCUUUGAAUUGUUGUAGACUCCAAUAAGAAUAAACUUUGAGAAAUAUUUA